AUGGCCUCUACCUUCAAUCGGUCCGCCACCGUGGCCGACCACGACCCUGACUCGGACCACUACGAUGACGGACUUGACGGAGACUACAGCUUGAUUGCAGAUGUUGCAGAUGCAGACUACCCCGACGCGAUCGACUACUAUGCCCUACUGGGUGUUUCCUCUAAACCUCCUCCGACCGACGCCGAAAUCCGGUCCGCCUACCGCAAUUUGACUCUCAGCUUCCACCCGGAUAAACAGCCUCCGCACCUUCGCGAAGCAGCACAGCGGCACUUCAACCAGAUCCAAGAGGCCUAUGAUGUGUUGACCGAUUCGCAAAAGCGCAUAGUCUACGAUAUGCUUGGUGCAGAGGGUGUGAAGCGUGAGUGGGGAAAUGACGGUGCCAUGGGCAGCCACGGCGAAGCUGCGAACCAAGAGGUCGGCGUCAAGACUAUGUCUUCGGACCAAUUUCGGCGGUGGUUUUUGAAAACCAUGAAGAAGCGGGAGCGCAAGGCUGUGGAAAGCCUCGUGGAAAGCCAUGGCACUUUGACCCUCGGAAUCGAUGCAUCGGAAACAAUCACAGUAGACGGCGAAGAUGAUGUGACUUUCCAUAUACCCUCGCCGGAGCUCUCCACGUUUGGGGUAAAUUACAGUUUCAAUACACCAUUGUCGCUUCCAGACUUCUUUAGGACAAAAGGCAACAACUCUGAAGAUAAAGAUGACUCUACAGAAGAACCGGAUCCAGAAGACGAGGAAGAUGGCGAUCUAGUACAGCUCACAAUAAAUGCUGGUGUCCGUGGCAAUUUAAGAAAAAGAACGCAGCGAUUGACUAUUGAGUAUGAAGACGGUACAGAGGAUGUUGAGGUACCAAUUGCUCCGAUUUUGGCAGGAAAUGCACUGGAGCUUGGAGCUACCGUGACCCCUAACUUCAAGGGCCUACUCGGCAACCGGGGUGUUUGGAAUCGAUUUCCUUUCUCUUUCCUAAAGGAUUCAAACGUCUCAUUCGGUGCGCUUCUACUUCCAACCCCAGCUCUUACGACUACCUUUACUGGAUCAUAUUCACCGUUACUUGGCGCUCAGCCCUUCAAUGUGGCUGCCACUGGUACCAUCCAGCGAUCUCUUCUUGAAAGCCCACCGUCUUUCCAGAUACAGACGACAAAGAUAAUUGCCAAAAGAAAGGCUGCAGUGCUUACCUGGAACAGCGGAGUCUUACAAUGGCCCGUUUUUCUCACUGAAACGUUCCCUGCACUUGGAAUGGGCGUCGAAUCAUUUUAUACUUCGAUGGAAAACCCUGGCCAGCUUCAAAUUGGCCUGGUGUCUUUCCCGGAGUCUAAAACUGAUACUACGGAACCUGAAGGGGGAAAUUGGGAUGAUGAAACACAAAGUCAGACGAAUAUCGAUCGCUCUGCGGAAAGAUGGAAUGCAUCCCUCACGCUGUCUCCAGGAGGAGGUGGUGUCGCUCUUUCAUAUUCAAGGAAUCUAUUUUCUGGGAAGCCAAUGGAUGAUCCUGUGAGGACUGAGUGGAGCUCCGAAGGCUACCUGCCCAUGGCAAAGAUGAACGAAGCACGCGCAGUCAAGCUUCAGGUUGAGAGCGUUAUUGGGCUCGACGGCUCUAUCCAGUGGACCGUGAAAGGUACCCGACGAGUUGGCGAAAAUACCAAGAUUGGACUGGGUAUGGGAAUUUCGGCGAACAAUGUUGCAAUGACUGUCCACUGGAAACGUCUUGGCCAGAACAUCAAUCUCCCCGUCAUUCUCAUGCCUCACCGUCAUCACGAUGCUGCAGUACUUGCCACUGCCAUCCCCUGGGUGGCAUAUUGUGCCAUUGAAUUUGGAUAUAUCCGCCCACGGGAUCGAAGGAAGCGUCGACAGGAAGUUGCCCGUCGCCACAAGGAGCUGAAUAAGCUCAUUCCCAAGAAACGCGCCGAAAGCAACCAAGCUAUCGAGCUGAUGCGGGACCAUGUAGCGCGACGCCAAGCAAGAGAGAAACACCACGACGGCUUGGUUGUUACAAAGGCAGAAUAUGGUUACUACCCUUCGCAAAGCAAGAAACCUAAGAGUGGAUUCACGGAGCCUCGAGUUAUGGACGCGACCAUCCCCGUGGCAUCGCUGGUGUAUGGGGGUCAGUUGGUGAUCCCGAAGGAACGGGUGAAGUUCAAAACCCCAGGGUUUUAUGAUCCAGCACCGCUCUUGCCCAAACGCUUGAAGAUCUGGUACAAUUUCCAGGGACAAGAGCAUUUUGUCGAACUUGGCGACAAGGAGGGAACUGCCUGUCCAGUACGUCUCAUCAUGGCUUCUCUUGCAUCGGGACUAUUCAAAUCCCUCCCCAAGCCCAAGUAUACCGGCGAGGAAGAGGAGGUGCCGCAGCAUGCGCAACCCCGUGGCCCGCGUGUAGUGGGCGCUGACCAGCUCGACGAAACCCAAGUCGUCCUCCGGAGAGUUGGACCUCCACCAUACGGAAACCGCGCAGGAUGGCGACCUCGAGCUCCCGAAGACUUUGGCGACGGCGGCGCGUUCCCUGAAAUUCUAGUCGCACAAUACCCCCUUGACAUGGGUCGAAAGGGAACCUCCUCGACCUCAAAUGCGCUCGCGCUCCAGGUCGAUGCCGAGGGCAAGGUGAAGUACGAUGCCAUUGCGCGCCGGGGACAUGCCGACAAUCGGGUUGUCCAUGCAUCAUUCAAGGAUUUGAUCCCACUGCGCCAGCGAGUGGAUAUGGGGGAGAUCUCGUUAGACCGCCCAUCGGAGGAGGAAGUUGCAGCGCAGAUGGAGAAAACGAAGAAUGCUUUGGCCAGUCUUGUCGACGGAGCCGUUCAGGCCCAGAAGCCGAAGAACGUUAAGGGCGGACGCCGGAACGAGCCUACCUUUGUGCGAUAUACGCCUGCGAACCAGAUGGGAGAUAAUGACAAGAAGAACGACCGCAUUAUGAAGAUCGUGGACCGACAACAGGAUCCGAUGGAACCACCUAAAUUCAAGCAUAAGAAGAUCCCCCGUGGCCCGCCAUCUCCUCCGCCCCCCGUCAUGCACUCGCCGCCGAGAAAGCUUACCGCCGAAGAUCAAGAAGCGUGGAAGAUCCCUCCGCCCGUGUCGAACUGGAAGAACCCGAAGGGUUAUACCGUCCCCUUGGACAAGCGUCUGGCUGCCGAUGGCCGUGGAUUACAGGAUGUGACUAUUAACGACAAGUUCGCUCAGCUUGCAGAGUCCUUGUUCACCGCCGAUCGCCACGCCCGAGAGGAAGUGCAGCUUCGUGCCCAGAUGCAGCAGAAGCUUGCCGAGAAGGAGAAGGCUCAGAAGGAAGAACAUCUCCGACAAUUGGCCCAAAAGGCGCGCCAGGAGCGUGCUGGUCCCAGCCGUCGCGAUUCCGAUGCCCGAUCACGCUCGCGCAGUGCUAGUCGAAGUGCAUCUCCAUACUCGUCAAGAUCCGCCACGCCCGACCAAGACGAGCAAGCUGCCCGUGAUCGUGAACAGCAGCGCCGCGAACGUCGCCAGGAGAACGAGCGACAACUCCGCCAGUCUCGCAUGGGAACAGAGCGUCGUAUACAGACUAUGGCCCGCGAGCAGAACCGUGAUAUCUCCGAGAAGGUCGCUCUUGGAUUAGCCAAGCCGACGCAGAGCUCCGAGUCUAUGUGGGAUUCGCGGUUGUUCAACCAGACCAGCGGUAUGCAUGCUGGAUUCAACGAAGAUAACCCUUACGACAAGCCGCUGUUUGCCGCGCAGGACGCCAUCAACAGUAUCUACCGUCCUCGGGCCCAGGCCGACGCCGACGAUGAGGAGGCAGGCGAAGGCGAGAUGAGCAAGAUUCAAAAGACCAACCGCUUUGAAGUUCUUGGGCGUGCCAAGGAAGGUUUCCGCGGUGCUGCCGAUGCCGAAGAGCGUCAAGGCCCUGUACAGUUUGAGAAGGAUACUGCGGAUCCAUUCGGCAUUGACAGCAUGAUUGCCGAUGUCACGGCUGGUCAGAAGCGCUAUGGUAUCCAAGAAGCAGAGCCUGAUGACCGUGGUUCCAAGCGUGCCAGGGUGGAUGACGAUUGA